AGUACUGUGCAGCGGCAGAGGCUGAAUUGCCUUAGAACUCCUGCCAGACGUCUCUGCUGCACGUGGUGCCGAACGGCAAUGAGCUUUCGGCUUUGAGCACCCGAUGCUGCGGUAUCACCGGCGCUGACAGGUCUAGCGCCAAGCUAUGCCUCGGGUCCUCGUCGUGCAAUCUUCUUCUCACACCAGCCCCAAUCUGUAAGUGCCCUGACGAGAGCAUGGAACCGCCGAGCUCCAAGGAGACGCCACCCGAGAAACCGAAGAAGCCCCAGCACGUCACCAUAGCGGCCAAGCCCAAGCCAGCAUCCCAGUCGUCCAUAAGGAUCCGGGGGUUCUCAGAUCUUGCCCGCGGGAACAGAGCCAACGAGGAAGAUGGCGAGGCAUACUAUGCUGGCGGCUCAGAGCGGAGUGGCCAGCAGAUUAUCGGGCCAAGCAGGAAAGCUGACAGCAAGGAUAACUUUGUGGCCGACAUGUUCAAGGCAGCCAAGAGGAACGGCGCUCAAGUGAUAGAACCAGGAGUGAAUGACGCUGCCUGUCGAUCGCCGAGCGCCGGUGGCAGCUGGUCCUCGGGAAGUGGCCACAGGCUGGGCGGAGCUACGACGGGAGGUGAGAGUGGGGCCCCUGCAGUCCCUCCGGUCGCCUCCGCGCAGAGCCAGGCUUCCGUCUCGCGGGUAAUCAAGAUGUGGGAGGAUGGCUUCAGCAUCGACGAGGGACCCCUACACGCCUACGACAGUGCAAGCAGCCAGCAGUUUCUCCAGGCUAUUCGCCAAGGGGAGAUCCCUGCGGAGCUGUUGCAGGAGGCAGGCGGGGCUGAGGUGAGCCUCAUCAUGGAAGACCACCGGCACGAGCAGUUCGUGGCACCCCAGCGUGCCAAGGUGAUGGCGUUUGAGGGCACGGGUCACCGACUCGGCGCUGUGACUCCGACACUAAGCCGACCUUCGGUGGCCACACCACCGCUGGAACACUCGGAGGCAAACGCCAAGAAAGCGAUAAACCUGAACGAGUCUCUGCCGACGACCAACGUCCAGAUUCGCCUGUCUGAUGGCUCGAGGUUGGUGGCUCACAUGAACCACACCAACACGGUGGCGGACAUCCGCAAGUACAUCGUGAUCGCCAGGCCUGAGUACGAGGCAGCGACUUUUGCACUGCUGACAACGUUCCCGCUCAAGGAACUGACAGAUGAAAAGGCAACAUUGAAAGAGGCGAACCUGCUGAACGUCGUCAUCGUGCAGCGCCUGACGUGACGAUGGCGACUGGUGUCAUAGACGGAAAUACAUAUUCAGUCACGCCUCUGCUCAUACUUUGCGACAGAGAAAGAACGAGAGAGAG